AUGAGGCGAAGGCACCAUCUGUCUGACCCCAGUAAGGUGGCUGGCGGGGCGGGCAGGAAAGGCAAUAGUCGUGCAGGGGAAGGCGCUGGGGCAACAGGGGAUAGUGCUGGUGCAGCAGGGGGAGAUUUAAGGGGGGGAAACAGUGGCGGUGUGCAGACAGGCGGCGGCAACCCCAAGGCUGCUCGGUUCACGAAUGAGGAUCUGCUAGAUGCCAUGGAUAUGCUGGUGAGUGACGUGGCUAUGCUGGUGAGUGACGUGGAUAUGCUGGUGAGUGCCAAGUUUCGCCCGCAAGGCCAAGCGCAACGUGCCAGCAGCCCUGCAGCAGUUACAGCACAUGGCUGCCCUCCUGCCGCCCCUCCUUCACCUCCCUUCAUGACUCUCCCCAACCCCGUCCCCAACCCCCUCCUCAGUUUACUCGCAAGGCCAAGCGCAACAUGCCAGGAGCCAUUAAGCACAUCCAUUAAGCAGCUGAAACACGUGGCCGCCCUCCUGCCCCUCUCCCUGAAUCCCCUUCAUGACUUCCUGCACCUACCACCGUCCCCACCAACUCCCCUCCCUCCUAAGUUCGCCCGCAAGGCCAAGCGCAACGUGCCAGCAGCCAUUGAGCAGUUGAAGCCCAUGGCCGCCCUCCUGCGCUCCUGCCCUUAUCGCGCUUGCCUCCCUUCUUCUCCUCCAUCCCCCCUAUCCCCCCACCUCUCCACCCCCCUUGCAGUUCGUUCGCAAGGCCAAGCGCAACAAACUGGGUUGGGGCAUCUGGAACAGGAGGGGGGAAUGGGCGGGGGAGGGGGAGGGCAAGUAGGAGGGGCAGUGGCAGGGGAAGGGGGAGGGGCAGCGGCCGGGGGAGGAGCAGAUGCAGGGCAGGAGGGGAGGGGUACGGCAGAGGGUGGGGCGGUGCAGGAGGGGAGGGUUGCGGCAGGGGAUGAGGCAGUGCAGGAGAGCAGCCUUCUACGAGGGAUUGCAGAUGCAGACGCUGCCUGGCGAUCUGAUGCUCUGAGAGUGCUGAAGGAAGAUGAUGAGGCGGCAGUGCAGGCAGGGGGGGUUACAGCAGAGGCCGGGGCAGUGCAGGCAGGGACUCAGGCUACAGCAGAGGGCGGGGUGGUGCAGGAGAGCAGCCUUUCACAAGGGAUCGCAGAUGCAGACGCUGCCUGGCGGGCUGAUGCUCUGAGAGCACUGAAGGAAGAUGAUGAGGGGGAUGAGAGAGAUGAGGGAGAUGAGGGAGAUGAGGAAUAUGAAGAGGAGGAAGAGAGUGAGGAGGAGAUUGAGGAGGAGGAGGAAGGGGCAGAAAGGGGUGAAAGGGGGAUGGGGCAGGAGGAGAGGGUGUCGUUGGGAUCGAGACGGGGAGAAGAGAGCGAGGGGAAAGGGGGAGAUGAGGGGGUGAGUGAGGAGGAGGUGGUGGUGGCGAGUGAUGCGGCUUUCCUGCUGGCUGUGAUGGCUGCUACAGGAUUCGCAGGGGAGGAGGUCUACCCGAGGAAUGAAACUCUGGCGCUGCACUUCCUGCGUCUGGCAGCAGAGACAGGCUCCAUGCAGGCCAUGGCUGCACUCGCCAGCCGCUUCCUCUACGGCCGUGGAGUUCCCACUGACUGUGAGGCAUCACUAGCCUACUAUCGCAGCACAGCAGCAGACCUGUCAGCAGCAGCAGAGGCAUCAGGCGACCAGCAGCUGCCCAAGGACCCCGUGCGUCUGAGGGACUGGUUCCGCGACGGGGGGUUCCAGCCUCAGGCGUUCGACGAUGACCAUGCGGAGCAGGUGGAGUUUGAGCAAGACCUGGCAGAGCGAGGGGUGCCGGAAUCCCUUCGACUAAUGGGAUUUCGCCACCUCAUCGGCCAAGGGAUUCCCCGCAACCCCCAGGAAGCCCUUCGUCACUUCCAAUUGGCCGCUGCUGCUGGUGAUGACGUGGCAGCCUUCAACCUCGGCUACAUGCACAUGACCGGGGCAGGCGGGGCAGUCCCGAAGAACUUCACUGCUGCCCGAAAAUAUUUUCUGCAGGCGGCGUCGGGCAGGAACAAACUUGCAGCUGCCCAGAACGGGCUGGGAGUCCUGCAUCAAAACGGAUGGGGGGUAAAGCAAGACUUGAUCCUCGCUCGUGAUUUUUUCAUGAAAGCAGCAGAGAGAAACGACUCGGACGCCCUUUCAAACUUAGGGUAUAUUCACUUCGACGGGCUGGGUGUACCUGCGAAUGCAACCACAGCGGUGGGUUACUUUGAGAGGGCCAUGGAUGCAGGGCAGUGGAGUGCCCCCUAUACCCUGGCUAGGAUUCUUGACGGAUCGUUGGUUUCUGCUUCUGCUGCUUACUCUGCUGCUGUUGCUGCUGCUGGUGGUGCUGCUGAUUCUGGCGCUGCUACAGUUCCCCGGAACUGUUCCCGGGCGGCGAAGCUGUAUGGCAUUUUUGUCUCGGAGCGCAUUGGGUGGGCGGCGGAGCUGAAGGAGGCUGCUGCAGCGUAUGAGGAUGGGGAUUGGUGGAGCGGUUUGGUGCGGUACGGAAUGGUGGCAGAGGAGGGGAGCAAAGUGGCAGCAGAGAAUGCUGCCCAAAUGCUAAUGCGCAGUCAGGGUUACUCAGCCUCGGAUCGCUAUUCGUUGGCGCUAGACCACGCAAUGAGGGCGGUGCACAUCGGGUCAGCACCGGCCAUGGUGGAUGCGGCUCUCCUCAUGCUCAUCCAUCACCUGCCCUCGCUGCUGCCGCUCCCACCGCCACCGUCACUUUCCACCGUUGAUCCACACCUUUCCGCACAGUCAAUCCCAGCCCUUGAUCCGCACCAUCCUGCACAGUCACUCCCAGCCGUUGAUCAAAACUCCACGACAGCACAGCCGGUUACCAGUGCCCGAGAUUCUCUCCCCUGCGACCCCCUGUCUCUGCUGCAGCGGGCAGCAGACCUGCACGAGCCAGAGGCGCUUUUCCACCUCGCCUACCUCCAUAUAGUGGGCCUCGAUAACAGCACAGCACCUGGUGCGAUGUCGUUCGUUAGUGCAAUCGUGUCAGCGCUGAGUCGCGCUGCGUCAACGGUGAUGCAGUCCAUCUCAGCGGCCUCGCAGUGGUGGCUGGAUUUCGAGGACUAUGUGUUUGGGGAGCUGGAAAACUUGCUUUUCCCUGAGGAUGGCAACAGCUAUGUGUCGCCGUCAAGCCUCCUCCCUCCCUUGCCUGGCAGAGUCCAGGCACUUGAUGGGUUCAGCUCCCUCCUCCCCCUUCCUCCCCCUUCCUCCCCCUUCCUCCCCCUUCCUCCCCCUUCCUCCCCCUUCCUCCCCCUUCCUCCCCCUUCCUCCCCCUUCCUCCCCCUUCCUCCCCCUUCCUCCCCCUUCCUCCCCCUUCCUCCCCCUCCUCCCCCUCCUCCCCCUUCCUCCCUCCUCCUCCCCCCUCCUCCCCCCUCAUCCCCCCUCCUCAUCCCCCCUCCUCCCCCCUCCUCCCCCCUCCGCCCCCCACCUCCGUCAGUACAACACACGCAUCUGUGCUUCCAGCCUCUCCGGCUCACUCUCUUCUUUCACGUGGGUGCCCUGAGAGCCACCCACGUCUAUCCCAGCCCAGUCAGCAACAACCACUGCCUUCCCUCUCUGCACUCCCUAUCCCCACAGUGCUACACAGCUCUGUCCCUCAACCUGUCAGGUUCACUCCCUUGCUUCCUCACCCUAAGUGCCGGUCAGCAACCUCUGCAGCCUCCCACCCUCAGUUCCUCUCUUCAAUAUACCCACUUCUGCACACCCCCCACCCACCCACCCCUCUCCCUUCUUCCUCAUUCCCAGUACUACGUGCCUCUGUGCCUCAACCUCUCGGGUUCAGUCCUAUUCUUCCUCACCCUAAGGGGCGUGCACGUCUCUGUGGCAGUGCCAGUUAGCAACGGUGCCACCUUUGCCUUCAACGCAGCAGCAGGCUAUGCGUUCGGGGAGAAAAUACAGCCAGCGUUGGCAUUAGGGGGUGUAUCGUUGGCUGUACUUGGAAUUGCGUUGUGUGUAUAG